AUGUCCAUGGAGGGAGGAGCCGACGGGCGAUGCCAUUUCAAUCGGACGCGCAAUGAUUCGAUCUCCGUCGCCCUGUGCCCGCUCAUCGUCCUUUUGCUCGCCGGCGCCGCUAUCAGCGCCGACGAGCGCCUAGGCGCCAAGGAAUGUGAGGACUUAGGGUUCACUGGCCUUGCCCUAUGCUCCGAUUGCAACACCCUUGCCGAGUACGUCAAGGACGAAGAAUUGGUAUCUGAUUGUCGUAAAUGCUGCUCAGAGGAUUCUGAUGAUUCCAUAAGUAAGGUUACAUUCUCCGGUGCAAUUUUAGAGGUCUGCAUGAGGAAGCUGGUUUUUUAUCCUGAAGUUGUAUCAUUCAUAGAAGAAGAAAAGGAUAAAUUCCCAUAUGUCAAAAUCCAAUAUGCUUAUGCAUCUCCACCAAAACUUAUCAUGCUGGACAGUGAUAAUAAUCCUAAGGAAACCAUAAGAAUCGACAAUUGGAAGCGUGAACACAUUCAACAGUUCUUGAGGGAAAAGAACUUUGGUGUCUUCAAUGCACAUGGCCGGAAGCCUUAGUGUCCAGGGCCUUUGGGGCUCGGCCCCGACGGCAACCUCGCUAUCAACGUCUCCAUCGUCGCCUUCGCCUUCUCGUACACACUCGGGUACGCCGCCAGAGGGCCCUCCUCGCAGAACUCGGAACACUCGGGCACCGGCCUCGCCGCGCACCGACUGCUCGACGAAAUGGCGAUGAGAAAAACCACCACGAGA